AUGUUUAUUUCUUGGGGUCAAAUCGCGACGAUUUUUAAAAGCAAAGACAUGUUCUUAGAAUAUUGUGAAACAGAAAUUGAUCAAAAUACUGGAGAAAUAAUUCUCAUAAACUGUGAUGAACGAAAUUCCCUCUUCAACAAUAUCUACACAACUAGUUGUAUCAUGAUGUCGCUUUAUAAUCUUUGUAUUGGGAUCGUAUCGGACAAGAUAGGACUCUUUGUUCCACGAUUAAUUACCACUGCGAUAUUUGCAGCUGGACUAGUUACGAUGACCUUUGUCGAAGAAAAUGAAGUUCUUAUCUGGCUAGCUUGGCCUCUUAUCGCUAUGGGCGGCCUUUCCAGCCAUGUCAUAAAUUUGAAAUCAUGCUUUGCGACCCCUACGAUCAAGGCGACGCUUAUGCAGAUUCUUUCUGGCGCUUUCGGAACUGCUGGAUCUGUUGGCUGGAUAAUAACUUUGAUGAUGGACAAUCUAGGGCUAGAAUUUGACACUGUUUGGUGGAUAUGGUUCGUCGCGUAUCUUUCAUUCGCGGUGAUCAAGAUUAUUGUUUGGACCCCGAAUCAUGUCCCCAUGGCGAAGACGAAUGAUGAGUUCAGCUUGAUGGAGAACUCGUACCUCUUGAAUUGCAUGGGUUGCUCAGGCGAGAAAGAUAAAUCUAAAGCGGCACCCAAAGCGCCUCCGAAACCGGAAACAUCGUAUUUGAAGAUGGUUUUCGGCGACUGCGCGAACACAUUCAACUACAUUCUUGUCCUUGUCGGCCACGUGGCGAUGGUCAUCCGUCGUCAAGCAUUCACAAGUUGGCUUGGGAGCGGUUGGCCUGAAUGGGUCGCGCAAGAAACCGACCCGAAGAUAUUCAACGAGCAAAUUAACGAGUUCCAAAGUAUUCUCGCGCUGGCGUUCUUUCCGGUUAAUAUCUUACCUGGGCUUAUGAUCGAUAUGUUCACUUCAAAAUAUGGUCGACUCAAAGGGACCGGACUUGGAAUCGGACUUUCCUUCGCGAUCGGAGCUUUCUUUAUGUCUUUGAGUAGCAUCUUUCACGCGCAACAAAAUGAACUUAUUGCCUACAUAUCGAUUCUAUUGCACAAUUUUGGGCGUGUUUUCAGCGUCGUCUGGACGCCAACAUAUUAUUUUGUGUUCCCACCAGCGGUUUUCGGAUUUAUAUUUGGUUCAAUUUCUUUGGCGACCCAACCAUUUGCUCUGAUGAAUAUUGUCAUGCUUCAAUUCUGUUUAGAUCAUGAAGAAUACGCGACGAUGAAUUAUGUCCUUGCUGGAAUGAGCGUUUUCAUUGCUUGUGUAUCUUUGGCGUGCUACCUCAGAUACAAACAAGAAACAGCGAAAGUUGACGCUGAUGAGCCGUAUAAAGCCGAGAAGAAGGAAGACGAGUCUAAGGAAAACACCGAAGAAAAGUCAGAAGGGACGAGAGAAUCAGAAUUUUAG